AUGGAUGGUGAAAUAAACUGCAAAUUGACUUCGUUUAUCCUAUGGGAGGAAAGUUCCCGACAUUACAGUAAUGAUGUCAUCAUAUGCACAGUAAACACCAUAAGUGCUGUCUUCGCUCUCUUUUGUAACCUGGCCAUCAUUGUGACGAUAAAGAAGAAGAACCUGAUUCAGACUCCGCGUGAUAUUCUAAUUGGUAGCCUAACCUUAUUAGACUGCAUAGUUCCAUUAGUAGCUAAGCCCUUAUUCAUAGCAUUGCGCAUGUCACUUCAUGAUGAUCAUGUGACCUGCUCCCGCCUGCAGCAAUUGACGAAAGCUACAGAGUUAGCUGUGAUGUUUGGUUGUGGUUGUUCCCUCACGCAUAUUGUGUUGAUCGCCGGAGAUCGAUACCUUGCCCUACGUAAGCCAAUAAAGUAUCGAAGACCACGCACAAAGAAAGGUGAGAAGCUUGGAUACUUUAUCACUCAAUUUUUCAAAUUUGUCCGUGUUUUAUUUUAUCUUCACAAAUAGCGCGUCUCCCCAGCGACACUACUAGGGACAUUAGAAAGAGCACAACGGCGACGGCAACGCGGACUUGGCUAAAGGAAAAGUCUAGUGAAUUGAACAAUUGCUCAGCACAUGCGUUUUUAAACUUUGUACACAUCUUCAAAUCACCAAAAUCUACGUGGUCUGAGAACUGGCAUGAUGGAACCCCUACGGCAAAUUACUUGAUUUAAAUUUCGAUUUGGAACUCAACGCUGUUCACAAAGUUGAGGUGUGGCGCUAUAAGAGACGGUAAACAAAUCCAGCCAUUCGCGAAAUUCUGAAUGAAGAGAUAAAUUAUUUCCAUAAUUGACGUUUUCCUUGACGUUGUCGUCCUGACUGCUUUAGGUCACUAUUAAAUGACCUCAACUCCCCCACCCUUCCCCCCCCCCUCACGCCUUACUAAGAAAACUGCAACCAUAGACCAAUCAUUGGACGCUGAUUAUAGGCCAGCGUCAUAUUAAAGCCCGUUUCUACGUUGGUCCUCCUAUCCUUGGGUCUGGCAGGGUCUUAAUAAUAACUGGUGUCUAAUGUAAAUAACCCAAGCCAGAUGUACACAUAGGAUUUAGUUUCAAUUCUUCCACCUCACUGAGGAUAUCACACAGAAGAUUCAGCAAUAUUCUUCUAACAUUUGUUUUCUUUUUUAUCUUCCUUUCUUAGUGGCCAUCACGUUUGCUUGUACAUGCUGGGCAAUCUGGAGCCUCAUUGUCAUUAUUUUUGAUAAAAUCAUUCCAAGACGUUUUGAAAAUUUCUUGAGAAUUUUCAUAGCCACAGUGCUUCUAACUUCGCUCGUGUUUUUAAAGGUAAAAGCCUUUCUGAUCGUCUACCGAUUCAGUCACACUUUAGUACACGAUAGAAAUUCCCUCAAAGUCGAAGGACUCACUGAAAGGGACAGAAAAGUGCUGAUUGACACAACGUUCAUUUCAAUCAUAUUCAUGCUAUUGUUCAUUCCAACAGCAGCUCUGAUUGUCAUAAGACCGGCCGGUAUCUAUGGCAACGUCGUGUUUCCCUGGUCAUUGACCAUAACUCUUCUGAAUUCUUUGCUUAAUCCCAUGAUUCACGUCUGGCGCAAUCGCCUUUUGAGAAGAGCGAUGUUAGACUUGUUGACUACUGAGCACUGA